CGGAGCUCAUCUCCAAACCACCGAAUCCCAUCUUUCACCGGGAGGCUGACUUCCUCACACUUCUUUAUGUCAUCCUGAGACUUAAAUUCGUCUUCUCUUCACCUUUAAAGCGGAUUUAGAUUUUCUUAACCGCGGAUAGAUGCUGAAUGGAUUCCUUACUUUGGAUUUUUUUUUUUAGUGCGUAAAAGUUUGCCAAGUGGGUCAGUGGACGAGCUGGAGGAUUGACAAGGAAAAACUUGUGGACUAGAGGAUAGUUUGUGGGUUGUAGAGAGGGGGUAAAGUGUCUGAGAGAUCGGAUAGUGUUUGUUUCGAUGAAAGAUCAGGAACAGCAGGGACAGACAGACAUAGAGCCGGAGGAGAGAGAGUGAUUAGCGGGGUCUGCUGCAGGGACUCACCGGCUGCUGGACGUUCAUGUCUCCGCUCUACACCGGCACCGAGGUUUCUACUUCCUGUGACAUCAUCACACCAUGCCUGAGGGGUCACGGAGAGGCAGUCAGAGAUCGCCUAGCAACACAGCUGCCAAGCGUCCCUCCUCAGUCUCAUCUCUGAGUGGGAUUGUGGGUAGGAUGAUGUCAUCUGGCGACCGAGGAGCCUCGUCCUCUUCUUGCACCUCUGUCAACACGGUCUGCUCCGAUGGCGAACGUCCCGCCUCCCUGUCCCUCUCCUCCUCUGCCUCCUCCGUCUCCCUGCAGGAAGCUUCCCACUCCUCCUCCUCCUCUUCCUCCUCUUCUUCACUUCCAUAUGGUGCCGUGCCGACGUACAACGCCUUGUCGUCGUCAUCUUCGUCCUCCACGCCAAAGAGGAACGGCUCAGACAUCAGCCUGGACCUGACGCCGCUCGUCACGCCGCACGGAGGAGCUCCUGGAGGAGGAGGAGUUUGUUUAGCAAAGGUGUCAGGUGGAGGUCAUGCCCCUAAUGGACAUGUAGCCAAUCAGGUGGCAGCAGUAAUGGCCACGCCCAGACAGCUUUCGCGGCUGGAGCGAGUGGUUCUGGAGAUCGUAGAGACAGAGCAGGCGUACGUCAGAGAUCUGAAGAGCAUCGUGGAGGAUUACCUCGGCUGCAUCAUCGACUGUGGCGCUCUGCCAUUAAAACCGGAGCAGGUCAGCACACUGUUCUGCAACAUCGAGGACAUCUACGAGUUCAACAGCGAUCUCCUGGAGGAUCUGGAGCGCAGUCCUCACGCUGCAGCCAUCGCUGAGUGCUUCGUGGAACGGAGCGAGGCCUUCGACAUCUACACGCUCUACUGCAUGAACUACCCAAAUUCCGUGGCCGUCCUGAGGGAGUGCAUGAAAAACAAAACUCUGGUUAGUUUCUUCCAGGAGAGGCAGACGACUCUGAACCACUCGUUACCUCUGGAGACGUACCUGCUCAAACCAGUACAGAGGAUCCUCAAAUACCAUCUCCUACUGCAGGAACUUUUAAAGCACUUUGACAAGAGCGACCCAGGAUAUGAGGUGGUGGAGGACGCCAUCAUCACCAUGACGGCAGUUGCCUGGUACAUCAAUGACAUGAAGAGGAAGCAGGAGCAUGCAGUUCGACUGCAGGAAAUCGAGUCCCUGCUGGUGAACUGGAGCGGGCCGGACCUCAGUGGCUUUGGAGAGCUGGUUCUAGAAGGUUCUUUUAAAGUCCAAAGAGUGAAGAAGGAGAGAGCGUUCUUCCUGUUCGAUAAGAUGCUGCUGAUUGCCAAGAAGAGGCUGGAACAGUUCGUCUACAGCACCCACAUAUUUUGUUGUAAUCUGCUGCUGGUGGAGACGCUAAAGGAUCCUCUGUGCUUCAAAGUGUCGGAUCAGACCAUCCCCAAACAGCAGCACGUCGUCCAGACAAAAAACCAGGAGGAGAAGAGACUGUGGGUCCACUACCUCAAGAGACUGAUAGUAGAAAACCAUCCAGCAUCACUUCCCCAGAAGGCCAGACAGGUCCUGGGAGACAACUUUUGUACAUCUCCUCAAUUCGACCAGGACAGCCUGAAGAAGUCGUCAGCAUCGUCCAGAUUCGACGACAUCCAUGGAUAUCACAGAGGCAGGCGUCAGUCAGGUCAGGAGCCACCAGAGUUGCUCAUGUACACACCGGAGAAGUCCAGGAAGAGUCUCCCCCUGCUGCUGGAGGGAAACCUGCCAUACAGACGCACCCGUAGACAGUCAGCUCCAGCUAAAGACAUCGAAGCAGCUUUUCAUCCUAACGCUCUGAAGCAAGCGGGCAGUGAAGGCGAACUGUGUCAGACUGAGAGCCUGGGCUCAGCGGGCAGUAGCAGCACGCUCGCAUCCUCCGUGAUCGAGGUGGAGGCAGAGAGGAGUGAGCCAGGCCUGAUGAACCAGCAGCAUCCUAGCCAGGAGGAAGAGGAGGAAGAGGAAGAAGAAGAGUUGACCCCCCUCAGCCCUCCUCCCACCCUGUCCAUCACUGAAGAGAUCCUGGAGUUCAUCAACCAGAGCAGAGCGAGGGAAGGAUUCGCCACCAUUCAGACCAACGCAACGGAGCAGGUCCUGGAUCAACCCAAAGACAACCAGCCCUCAUCUGAUGGAACCAAUUUCACCUGCCCUCUGCCCCCAGUCGCCUGCCCCUCUAGCCCAGAACAGAGGCCGACAAACAAAUCAGAGCAAGAAAUAGUGUACAUGGAGAACAACAUCUCUCUUCAAAGUCAGACCGUUGGCUCUGGAGAUGAAAACGCACUUGACGUUGAGAAAAGUUCAGAUGAUGUUUUCGAAGCUUCAGAUGAAACAAGUUCAGGGGGCAAGGGUUCAGAGGUCAGUGCAGAAACACAAGGGGAAGUGGUAGAAAAAGCUAUAGAGGAGGAUAAAACAAGGGAUGACAGCGAGGAUCAGAAUAUCAUCGUUGUCCCAACACCAGAUCCUAACUCCUCUACUUCAGUGGAUGAGGGACCACUUCUACUUCUCAAGGAAGGAGCUAAAACUGAGGCCACAUCUCCGUUCCAAAAUCCUGAUAUCCUUCACUGCCCUAACCAGAGGCGCCAUCCACCCACAAGAGGCUCCCACCUCACAAAACGUGAUAAAAAGAUCAUCGAAAAGAUCAGGAGUUACUACGAGGCGGCAGCCGAGGCUGAAGAGGACGGGGAAGAGGAUGAGGAUGAACCAGGACACGGAGCUUCCUCAAAAAGGAGAAACAGUUUCUCACAAAUUCCAUGCGGCUUGGUGAAGGAGUCAGUGUCACUGUUUGAUGUGACUGAACACCAGGGGGAGUCAGACGGUGGACAAUUGGUUGCUAUGGGAACAAGUGAAGUUACCAAUGCAAAGACUAAUCAAGAUGCAGAGCCUUGUUCUCCCGUCGGCUCCAUGUCUUCUACAACUGCACUCCCAUUAAAUACAGAGACAGAUGGGCAGACAGAGACUUCAGCCAGCAUACCUGAUUCUGAUGCAGAGGUCCCAGUAGAGUCCCCAACCCUGUCCUUCAUGCAGGAUAAGGAGACUCCAGAUGAAGUAUGUCUAAAUCAGCAGUAUAGCAUGGAAAGGCCUGAUGGGGAAGAGACCGAACAACAGGUCAAAAAUGAAAGGCCCUGCAAAGAACCUCUAGAGGAAGGACUGAUGGAGAGGCAGAUAGAGGGACAGACUUGUGUUCAAGCAGCUGAGGAUCAAUACAAACUUUUAAUGCAAGGAGAAAAGUUCAAGUCAAGAGAUGAAACAACCAAAACAAACGCUGCAGACCAAGCUUUAAUGAAUGGGCAUGAUCCUGAUCAAGCAAGACAAGCAGAACCAAACACAAGCCUUAAACAAAACUUACAACCUCUUACCAAAACUCAGCCCACUUGGACCAGAACCAAACAAGAAGAAGUUGCCAAGAAAAGUGGGAAUUCUGAGGGUCUUCCCAGUCAGGUAAAAGUGGGCAGGUGGUCUCGCCACUCCAGGAUUGUCACAGCUAACCGGGCGUUGUUUGAGGGCAUGGCAUCAGAUAUAGCAGGUAUAAGGUUAUUUGAGGCCAGCCCUGUGGUGGACCCUGUGCUGAUGGAGAAUUCAGAGCGUAUCCUUAGCAAGGUCCAAACAUUGGCCAAGAUGUACAGUACCAAAGCCAACACCAUGAAGGUCCCACUGCAUCAGAAACGGGCCAUUGCAGUAAGGAACCAAUUAUCGGUCUCAAGUAGAGUGUCAGGACUUUCGUCUCAGGCUCAGACUAAAAGCCAGACACAGGUUCCAGCCCACAUGCAGACCCAAACAGAGUACCGGCAGCAGGCAAAAUGCCAAAUGGAAAUGAGAGAAUCUGACAAAGCCAUAAAGCACAGGACCCAAGCUGACUUGGAAGCCAAAGGUCAAAGUAAAAGUAAAACCAUUACACAACCUAGUCACACAAAAAGACAGCUGUGGAGUCAGACACAGGCGCACCAGAGCAUGACCAAGACUCACAGCAAGUGCCAGACCACAUCCAUGAGCCAGGAGGACCAAGGAAGCCUGGAGAAAAAGAUGAUAAAGGGAGCACAGAGCCUUAUAACUGAUUUCCAGGAGACAGUGAUGGGCCCCUGUGAGCCUCUGCUCUUUGGUCAUGUGUUUGUCAAAGAGCAGUUUACCCCGACCUGCCAUCAACAGACAAAUGGAGUCAUCCUCUCCAGACCUAGGGACUUCAUCUCUGCCUUGGCCAAAGAAAGCGACUCUACUGUGACCUGUAGAUCAGAUGACAUUUGCCAGUGUCCCACCAUACCUGGAGGAAAUCCAUCAACUCUGCCAAGACAAAAGUCAUCUAUUCAGGCUCAGAGUCAGAGCUGCAAUGCGGGGUCCAGCUCAGCUGAGAAGUUCUCCACAGCAUCAAGACAUCACUUUAAAACAGAACCAGAGGAUCCAGGCUUCGGUCUGUGCUGCUCUGCCAAUAAUAGCCCCUUGAUGUCAGCCAUGGAUCUGGAUUGUGGAGCCACCAAGUUCAAAGAAAACUGCACAAACUCCUCUAAAGGGAAAGACAAGGCCCUGACACAAAAUGGAGACGUUUACUUAGAUACUGAAGACAUGGACAAAGAGGAAGGGUCAGAGCUGAAUGCUGGAUGGCAUGUUGACUCGGCCGUAAAAGACUCAGCCACUGUAAGCAUUGUCACCCAGCCAGCACACUCUGAGCCAAGUCUUUCUGCUCAGGACAUGCCACAGUGGGGAACCAUCAUUGAUGGUAAAGAGCAGGACAUAUGUGAGCCAGAUAUCCCACCUAAAGAAGUACCAGAUUACAUCAUGUCCAUAGGACCUGGUGACAAAGGAGUGCAGAGUUUUCAUGCCGGGUCUGAAAGAAUUUGCCUAAGACCCAUUGAUGGAGAGGAAUCUCCAGUACAGCUGGUGCUGAUGGUAGCUUCUUCAGACUCUGGCCUGGUUAGGGGGCAGGCUCAGAUGGAGACACUUCACCUACUGGGGGGUUGUACCACAACACUGGCACCCUCUGGUGCACCAGAGAAAGAUGAGAACCCAAGUAAGCAGACUAAUAUAAAUGAGGCGAAGUGUUAUUUUAAGGAUUCCUCGUUACAAACCAGAAUAAUUCAAGGUUCAACAGUAACCUUUACAGAGCAGCCCCCGUACCAUAACAUGUCUACAGGAGAACUGGAUGUCCCACCACCAUUGCACAAGACUCCUGAGCCAUCACCAGUUUUCAACCAUACGGUCACAGCAAAAGGAAAAGAAGCAUCAAGUCUAUGGUUAAUUCAAAAUGCAGAAUCAAAUCCUACCCAGUCACAACCUCCAUGUGUCCAGUCCAUAGACGCCCUGCCAACGUUCACCGGCCAAAAUCCACCAGCCCAGCCAGGCACAUUGGGGGAUUUGGCUGCGCCCAACACCAGGAAUGUCAAAAGCCCUUCUCAGCAUGAGCAGAGUUUCAGGGAACUAGACCAACAGAGCUCAGGAUAUCAGAGCUGCCAGCCCAAUUCCAGUGUCUCCUCAGGCAGCCACCCACCUUCCAGACCCUCCUUGGAAGCAAUCAGCCAAAAGGAGAAACCAUAUUCAGCUGUUACCACCCAGGGACAUGACAAAGAGCUCACCAAAGCCACCUCAACCUUCAUACCCUCUCACAGAACCCACUGCCCUUCCCCCGUUAGAACCCUCCCAUCCUCAUCUGCAUCCUAUAUAAAUGCAAAUACUUGCCCGUCAUCAUUUAGGGUGAUUCCAGCAUCAUCCAUCCCUCAGUCUCAUGAAGAAGCCUCCGGAAACAUUUCCUCCAGGGCUCCUUCCUGUUUCUCUCCUCUCACUUCUGGAAUAGGCACUUCAAUUCAAGAUCCUCCUUCCUCCUCUCCUGCACCAUCUUCUGCUUUUACGAACUCAUCCGCUUCCUCCUCUUCUUGGAGGUCCUCAUCCAUUAGAACAGGUCCUCCAUCCUCCCCGUCCCCUAUCCGCUCCUCUGCAUGCUCUUCCCCCAUCAAUUCUUCCUCUGCAUUCAACAGAUCUUUAGCUGCUUCCUGUAUUAGCCAGUCCAUCAGUCAGAGUUUGGCAAGAAAGAAUGCUACCCUGCAACCAACCCAACAAACAAAUAGAGUGAGCCCAAGCCCCUCUUCUCAUCUCCGACAACGCUCUCCUUCACCUAAACUUCCCCCCAGUCAGCAGAGCUCUAAAGAUGCAUGUCACCUUCCAAGAAGUCCACCAUCCUCCCCCUGGUCCCCUUACCCUUCCGCAUCUCCUGUGCAGUCGCCCCAACACCCUCCUUCCUCAUCUAUAGAUUCAGCCCAUCAUCAGCCUCCCCACUUUUCUGCCCCUUCCCCUCGUACCUCAUUCCUUCAUGGCAAAAAUGACCCAACAAAAAAUGCAAACAACAACAAUAACAACCCUAGUCUUGCUGGUAUUACUGCAGCAAUCAGAGAUGCAAGCAAUGCCAACAGUCAUAAAAUGAGCUGUGCCAUCAGUAAUGGGGGUUGGUCAGUAAGUUCACAGAAAAUGCCACAAGCUAAUGGUAGCUCCAAUGACACAGGUUUGCAUCAGUCUCAUGAGCCCCAUGUGUUGGGAUCCCACAAUCGUGUGGCUCGGCCUUUUUCUGCGUCUGAGCCCAGUUCGAGAGUUCAGUCCCCUUCUCCUUCCCCAACCACUUCCUUGUUUACUCGCCUUUGCUCCCCACCUCCACAGCAUAAUUACUCCUCCCCAAUGGCUCACAAACCUCCCCAUCCCCGGAGCACACGGGUAGGAGAUGCAGGUUCCCAUAAUCCACUUGGCCUAACCUUAGAACUACCUAGGGCACCGUCUUCAAGCUCAGAGUAUGGGCAGUCUUCUACAGGUCUGAGCCCUCGGAUACUCUCUCCUCCUCCUAUUGGGGUUUCGGUAAAUGUUUGGACAAAUAAUGUUGCAGCACCCCAACCAAGAAACCCUAGAUAUGCUCCCUCCUCCCAUGUUCCUUCCUUUUCUCCCUCAGUAGGCUCUCCAACACAGGAGACUUACCCUUGUUCUUCUUCUUUGGUCUCACUGCGUAAUUCCAGAGCUUCCUCUGCUUCUGCAUCCCAGUCAGCCUCUCAAACCCUUCGUAGGUCUCUCUCCUCCACUCUAGCAGACAGGCCCCCUAGCCCAGCCAGAAGCAACUCUAGCGGAGUGCGCCGCUCUUGGGCAGACAGCAGCCGCAGGUCCCUUGGUUUUAGUGGCAUUGGAAGGGGGUCCCUUGACCAACAGGACUCCUGUCCAACCAGUCCAAGAAGUGGAUGGUCAUCCUACAGCAGCUCACCAUCUUGCCUCAGCCCUCAGGCUGGGCUUCAGUCCCCACUGUCACCUAGCAGGCUUACCUCAGGGAAAGGCGCUCAUGGUGGUCAGCAUUUCACCAGUGUGCCAUGGCCAGAUGUACGAGAGCUUUCACACAAAUAUAAUGGACCUGAAGUACUCGACUCUACAUCUGCUUCCACCAUCAACACCUUUUCUCCUGUAUCCCCUCUUCCACACACCCUUCUCUCCUCCCCUGCUCCGUCAGACAACCAAGCAGCAUGGGGAGACCCAGAGUUAGAAGAGGGUCUUUGUCGUAGUCAGCUGAUCUGCGCCUAUGUUGCCCGACCUUCACGUGAACAAAACCUCUCCUCCACAUGUACUGUGCUCCCCUCCUCAGGCAUGACCUCUCCUCCACCAGUAACCUACCCACACCAUAUCUACCAGUCCCAGGGUAAAACACAGCCUCAGGUCCAAAAAGAGUUCCAAAAUGACACCACAGUCCCCCCCGUACCUUCCCCAAUAGCCCCAAGCCCAUCACCACUCCCCUUUGCACAUUCUCACACUUCAAAACAAGGCAACCAGAAGGCCAGUUAUGCCACUACAGUGAACCUCCAGAUUGCUGGAAGUGGACGAAUAACUUCUUUCAGCACUGCCCAAGUCAGCCUGACUCAAACCCUGCAGGGUGGUGUUGGAGCUGGAGGACCAGGGCAAGGUCAGAUGACCAGGAGAGUUAGCAUCAAUGGACUUUCACACCUUCCUUCACCUGUUCAUCAAAACUGUGACGGACCGUGAAAGAAAGGAAAUUCUCUUGUCAAGGCAUUAUGAGACGAGAAGGGCAAAAAAAUGUGAGGCUGAUAAAAAGGCAUUAGCCAAAAUACAACCAAAGCAUUUGAAGUUGCUGUGCCAGUGUUAGUUAGUACUCGGCCAGCUCCAAACCAGAAUCUAUAAUCAAUAUAGAAACAACUCCAUGAUCCAACCAGGUUGAAGACAAACUUUCUUAAAUCAUGAAGAAUGGGGUGCUUCAACUCAAGUCUUCACCUAAGGGACACAAUGAAUGUGGUUAGCUUUAUUUGGCUUUGGGAGUUUUCGCUCAAAGUGAUGGGACACGUUUGGGGUCAGAAGUUAUGAAUGUUGAAUCUUCAUGGCUUCUGCUAAAGCUUUCCUAUAAAUCCACUGACUGUGUAGAGCUCAGUACUUUUCAGCGGCUCUGGUUCCAGAAGAAAAUUCUCCCUUUCAGAUUCUCCUUUAAUAUCAGUCUUUUUAAUCCCAAUGCCAAGUGAGCCAGCAACACAAAUACAUGUGACAAAAUAACAUUUAGCACAUAAACUGGUUGGAGAAUAGAGAGAAAGGCCAAAGUGCUAAACUGGGGGCAUAUUUUUUUUCCAGAAUUAUAUGAACUACACAUCCCACAAUCCAUUGCAAUUCCCUUUACUGAUUGUGAAAGAUAGCUGUUCAAGCCUUCAAACAUAUAGAUUUUUCUACGUUUGUCUUUUUGUAAUGUCUAUAUUGUUUAUAAAAAUGUUGUAAUAUAUUGUACUUGUGUAUAUAUAGUGUUUUAUGUAGUACAUAUAGUAUGGUGUUUAUUGUUUUCUUGAACAGCAGGCUCCACCAAUCAACCAAGGAUUGUGGGUAGUGUAGUUCCCUUACUGUUAAGCCAUGCUUUUCUUAAAACAAGGUUUACCAAUUUGUGCCUUAUACCAUCAUUUCACAUUCAGGUAGCUCUUGGUAAAUCUUCCUUUCAUGAUUAUAACAUUACAGCAAAUAAUCUACUAUGGAGAAAAUGAAAAUAUUUUUACCUCCAGAACCUUGACAUUUGAGCUCCAUCAGAACAGACUAUAAUAAUUCUUAAGGACAAGCCAGAAGAUGGCACUUGUGGAGUUCUUAUUAAAUAAAGGAAUAUAUUUUCACCACUUAAAAUAAAUCACUUAACAGCAGCUCUGUUGCAUUGGCAUCUGAAACCCUGAAUGUCCAAAGAAAAUGUCAUGAAUUCAUGGUGGUAGAAUAAGAGAGAAAGCAUAGUAUUCCUGUUCCUGUUGUUGGAUUUCAUUUCCGUAGGUUCUCUGGACUCUUGUGGACUUGGAGUGAAGAGUUCAUUUGCUAACCAAUACCUAGCGUUUAUGGAGCCAGAGUAAAUCCAUUUUUGCUAAUCCUGCAUAAACAGAUGUAUUUAAAGCAUCCAUUGCUGUAUACAAUCACAGUUACGUAAUGUGUUAUUACUUUUUCUGUGUGUUUGUCAAAUGUCCAAUAUUCUGUUGGAUUUCUGGCUAUUUAAGGCCAGUGUUCAAGUUUGGUGAUAGCUGUGGUUAUUAAUAUUUGUUUUUAACCAUUUUUAUUUUAUUCUUUAUUUAUGAUGUUGUCAUAUUCUCUUCGGCACUUAUUAUCCUUAAGGUAAUGUUGGUAUUUUGCACAGUGUCCUCAGUUUUGGGGUGCAUGCGUUAACUGUUUGUGUGUGAGUGAGUGUGUUAAAGAGUAUAUGUGUUUCUCUCAAACGACGUGUCUGCCAAGUUUUCGUUGAACUUCGGACCAAGCCAAUAUCUGUGUGCUGAAUUAGUUCCCACGUUAAUGUACUCAGUGUCGUUGACUUUCACAAACCUGUAUGUUGAGCUUCAGUUGAUUGUCAAAAGUUGUAGAAGAAAGUCGAACUGGAGGGAAAUAAAUGCAUGGCCUCUUA